AUGGCAAUCAACCCAAAGACUGAAUCGACCUCCCCAGCCCUUAUGAAGCCUGCUGCAUACAAUGCAGAAGGGGGGAUUACAAGCCAGCUCUGCACCUGGAUCAGUGCUUUGACUUUGGAUGACGUGCCAGAACUGGUGUGCACCCGAGCCAAAUAUCUCUUCCUGGACGGAAUUGCGUGUGCCUUGGUUGGAGCCCAGGUCCCCUGGUCGAGGAAGGCAUUCGAAGCUUUGUCCAGCUUCGAAGAGCCCGGGAAACAUGUAAUCAUUGGAUACGAGCAGCGCCUUGGAGCAACUGCAGCCGCUACCCUGAACGGCUCAUGGAUCCAGGCUUGCGAGGUCGACGACUACCAUAGCGUAGCUCCUCUGCACUCCCAAGCGGUGGUGAUACCAUCAUUGUUUGCUGCCGCAGUUAGUGCCAAGUAUCAUGCCACGCAUCCACAAGUCACAGUAGGAAAGGACCUGCUCCUAGCCACCAUUGUCGGGUUUGAGGUUGGACCGCGCGUAGGCAUGGCGCUCCACGGGACCGAGGUAUUGGCAAAAGGGUGGCAUUGCGGCUCAAUCUUUGGAGGUCCUGCAGCCGCUGCGAGUUCUUCCAAGCUCCUGGGGCUGUCCCCAGACCAGAUUGAGAACGCAAUCGGAGUAGCUUGCACACAAGCCAGCGGACUGAUGGCCGCCCAAUAUGACGGGAUGGUCAAGCGCAUGCACCACGGAUUUGCCGCCCGCAACGGACUUUUGGGCACAAUGCUUGCCUGGAGCGGGUAUAAGGGAAUCAAAAAGGUCUUUGAGCGGCCGUAUGGCGGGUUUCUGACCAUGUUUGGACUGGGAUCGAAACACACCCCGAGCACCCUUCCCGACGAGAUUACUAAGGACCUGGGGCAAUUCUGGCAUACGGCGGAAUGGAUUCGCUUAAAGCUACAUGCCUGCUGUGGUGGAAUCCAUGGCACAAUCGAGUGCCUCACAGAUAUGCAAGCGCAAUAUCCGGACCGCCUCCGCGGCCUGGAAAAUUUGGCGCAAAUCAAAGAGAUCCACAUCCAACUCAGCGAUGCCGUCUAUCAUCACUGUGGCUGGGCUCCCGAAGAGCGCCCUUUGACUGCGACUGGAGGACAGAUGAACACAGCGUUUGUGGCCGCCUCCCAGCUAGUCGAUGGACAAGUGCUGUUGGAGCAAUUUGCAACUCCCAAUUUGAAUCGUGAUGAGAUCUGGGAUCUGGUCUCUAAGACGCGUUGUACUCAUACAGCGACUCUUGACGAACCAAACAUUGGCUGUGGCUCCAUCAUAAAGAUCACAUUUCAGGAUGGUACGCAAGUUGAGCAAACUCUGCUGCAACCCAAAGGGGUCGACCGGCCCAUCACCAACGCCGAGAUCCUCGAGAAGUUCCGUCGCCUAACAGGAAAUCUGAUCAGCACUGACCGACAGGCCCAGAUUGAGAAUGCGAUACUAGGCAUGGAAGAACUAGCGGACAUCGAGGACUUGAUCAAUCUACUAAGUGUUGUGGUGCCGAAUCCUUUGGAAUAA